GGACUGUGGCGAAGCUCUGGGCUCAGCCUUCCUCGCUGUCUGUAUCGAUGAAGUUGUUUCAAAGAUGGCGGAUUUCCUGCCGUCCCGCUCCGUUUUAUCUGCAUGUUUCCCUAACUGUCUCCUCACAAGCGGCGAAGCAGAACAGUUGCGGAAGUCUAAAGAGAUAGAUAAGUGUAUUCAUCGAGAUAAGACGUAUGUAAAAAGGUUAGUAAAGAUCUUAUUACUUGGGGCAGGCGAGAGUGGCAAGUCCACUUUCCUCAAGCAGAUGCGCAUUAUCCACGGGCAGGACUUCGAUCAGAAGGCCAAAGAAGACUUCAGAGCCACGAUUUUUAGUAAUGUUAUAAAAGGUAUUCGAGUGUUGGUGGAUGCUCGAGAGAAGCUACACAUCCCAUGGGGCAACCAGUCCAACCAGCGGCACGGAGACACAAUGAUGGCGUUUGACACCCGGUCGGUGAUGGCCCACGGUCACGGCAUGGUGGAGCCCAAGGUUUUCCAGCACUACCUGCCGUCCAUCCGGGCCCUGUGGGCUGACCAGGGCGUCCAGCACGCCUACAACCGCCGCAGAGAGUUCCAGCUGGGUGAGUCAGUCAAGUAUUUCCUGGACAAUUUGGAAAAGCUUGGACACUCGGACUACCUCCCUAGCCAACAGGACAUCCUCCUGGCCAGAAAGCCCACUAAAGGCAUCCACGAGUACAACUUUGAGAUAAAGAACGUGCCCUUCAAGAUGGUGGACGUAGGCGGUCAGCGCUCCGAAAGGCGGCGCUGGUUCGAAUGCUUUGACUCGGUCACUUCUAUCCUCUUCCUCGUCUCCUCCUCUGAAUACGACCAGGUGCUGAUGGAGGACCGGCAGACCAACCGGCUGAGCGAGUCCCUCAAUAUCUUCGAGACCAUCGUCAACAACCGGGUGUUCAGCAACGUCUCCAUCAUCCUGUUCCUGAACAAGACGGACCUGCUGGAGGAGAAGGUGAAGCAGGUCUCCAUCAAAGACUACUUCCCUGAGUUCUUGGGCGACCCCUCGAGCCUGGCAGACGUCCAGCGCUUCCUGGUGGAAUGCUUUCGCAAAAAGCGCCGAGAACAGCAACAGAAGCCGCUGUACCACCACUUCACCACAGCCAUCAACACCGAGAACAUCCGGCUGGUGUUCCGCGACGUCAAGGACACCAUCCUGCACGACAACCUCAAACAGCUGAUGCUGCAGUGAGGGAACUGACCAGGAAGAGGGGGAUGGGUGGAGGAAGUCCCUCUACCCACUAACCCUCCCUGCUUGACUUUGACUGGUUCCUCACUUUGAACUUUGACUGUGUAUUAAAGCCACCACUACUACCCCCCCACGCCUGCUCUCUGCCUUAUUGAACUUGCUCAUUAUGACUUCUAACAGUGGCUAUGGCUCUGAGCCCCACCCACCCUCUGACCCUUCAAACCACUGUAAAUGACCCCUAAGCCCAUCCAUCAUGUCCUCACCAUGUGUUGCUCUAAUCCACAUACUUCUCUCUAUGCUGCUCUGACCACUGUUGCUAAGGAAGCAGAGGGGGAGGGGCUUGUUUUAAAUGAGCGAGAAGCCGUCAUCAGCGACCGUUGACCGCUGUUGCCUUUUCUUUCAGAACUUCUUUGUUGUUUCUCUGGUUUAACAUCUGUUCUCCACUGGCGCUUGGUGAUGACAUCACUGUGGGGGUUUCCUCUGAGAGCAGUGGAACUAACACACACACAGAGAGAGAGAGAGAGGAAUUCCUAUUCCAAAGUCCACUUAAUUCUAGUUUUCUAAUCACUUUGUUUCUUUUCCUAAUAUAUGAAUAUACUGUAUGUACCUAUGCAUUUUUCUUUAACUUAUAUUUUGUAGGGGUUUACACUUUGUGGGUUUGCUGAUGGACUCUGUUACAUUUAACUGGAUACGUAGACCACUUGUAAAAUGAAACACCAUGCGUGCUGGGUUAAUCGUGCCACGUUGUAUUCUUCUGUUUCUCAGGACACAUUGUGAACCCACUUCUCAACCACAACUCUCCUGCCUCUGACUCAGUCAUAUGACAGAUUUCAUGGUGUCUUUUCUCUGUCCGUCUGCAGAGAAGACUCUUUAUGUCUCAAAAGUAGAAGUCCUGCCAUCUUCAACCAGGACCAUAUUUUACCAUCAGGGUCUGCACAAACAAACCACGUGACCUCAUUUCAGCCUGGUAUUGACAAGUGAUCUGUGCCUAGAUUCCUUAUCUGGAUAAUAACAUCUACACUUGGUAUUAAUACCACCUGUUGCUAUCUCACUUCUGCCGACAUCACCGUUGGAUCUCAAUAUGCAAACCAGACCUGCAAACAGGUCAAAGCAGCGAUGCAACUCUGAACCAAAUGCACACCUCUCCAGACCAGGAAUGUUUCCUGUAUGCUGAUGACAUAAUCCAGAUACUUACCACAGGUCAAUACCAAGGGUGCAUUGGUCCAUGAUGGGCUUCUAUUAAUCAUGUUUUUCUCUUAUUUUAUAUCUUUUUAUUCUUUUAUCAAAAAUCAACCCCCCAAAACAGCAGAAAGACGUCCAUGAAAAGUUCCCACCAGCCCGUAGUGUUAGCGGCUGACUGCAGCAGCAGUGUGUCCGCAGUGCAAACAAGCAGUCAACAGAAGCCACGGACAUGUCCGCUGGGCAGUAGUGCAAAGCUGCACGCUGAGGUAGGCACGACCCUUAAUCUCUUCAAUCCUGCUGAAUCGAUCAUUGCCAAAAAAUAUUUCCAAAAAUAGCAGAUGUGCCAGAGUGAAUGUGUACAAACACUGCACAGAAAAAGCUGUCUGUAGUUUGAGCUUGUCCUUCAGUGUAGCCAUCAUGUAGCUUCAGUGUAGGAACUAUUGUUGCAGUCGUACACAGUGAACUCUUCAAGUAGUCUUAGUAGAAGAUUAUGCUCUGGUCCCUGUGGAAUCCCUCAUCUACGCCUGUAGGGUUCUUCUCUUUAUGAGAGACGGGAAAGAAGGGAAUGUUCUUCUUUUCUCACCUCCUUCAGUGUGUGUCUUCCUGUUGUUUCUCGGGUCAUCUUUAUUUUUAAUAGGUACCUGUUACUGCCGUCUGUCAUGCAUCCUAAAGGGACAUAGCCAGCCUGUAUGUCACUGGAGGAACCGGAGCAUGUGAUGUCUGCUGGCCCAUCUCACUUUAGUGUCUGUCUAAUGUAUCAGUGUCCAACCUCACUCUCAUUCCAGCUGAUGUAACCUCCCACACAGAUUAGUAUGUGUGACUGUGAGUGUUAUUUUAUUGUGGAUGGUGUUUAUUUCAAAUGACAGAAGAUGUCGCAUUACUCAGCUUCCUCCAGAUGUGUGGAGGCCCCAGCAGAUAACUCUCCACUGCUUCAUGCUAUCACAGGAUAAACACACAUUUCAAAAGUAAUGGCCUUUUUAUUGAGGCGUUACAAAAAGCAACAUCUUGUGUUUGAGUGUGAGCACAAACAUCCAACAUACAUCAGCAUAUUGCAUUAUUUUUGUACUCCUGUCUCUAUAGUUGUGUUGUAAUUGCUACUGGCGGCUAAUCACUAUAGUGACUGAAUAACGCCCU